CUUUAUGUACUUUUUUCAUUCAUCUUCUUAUACUGCUUUUAAUUGCAAUUACUUUUACAAAUAACUAAAAUCAAUGAAAAUCAAUAUAUAAUGGAAACUGCUUAGAAUUUUUCAUUAUGCCAAAAACAGUUUUGAGUAGACAUCAGAGGAUUCUUCAUUCCCAAGCCCAGCCACUAGAUGAAGUACAACAAUCAUUUUAUCCACAGCUAUUCUGAAGAAGUUUCCGUGGGCAAUAAAAAAAUCAGUCUCCACUUCCUGUUACUUAGGAGGAAGAUCUUUGGCUGCACCAGGGAAGCUGGAUAAGAUGGAUUAGUGUAGCUAUGCUCUCAGAUACCCCAUGUCAUCUGACAGACAGGAGCCUCUAUUCGUGCUCCUGGUUACUGAACACGAGGAGAUGGAAUGUUUAUGAUGUGUCCUCUCUGUGACUGUUGAAACCAGUAAGAGUAGAUAGGGUUAUGGCAGUGUGUGCAAAGUACUUACUAUGCACACAACACCAGGGAGUUUUAGUUACUAUUCCUAAAGUGGGCUUUGGAUUAUACAAGCUUUCUUAUGGCACUCUAGCACUAUUGUGACAGCUCAACAGAAUGCAAAGGUUUACCAAGCAUGCUGGGAACUCUUCACUGAGCUGCCGGAGUGAGAGAAAGGAAGGCUUCAAGUAUAUCUGUGAACAUAUUUUCCUCUGCCUUCUCAUCUUCUACGCUCUAUUCUACAUGGUUUGCAGUGUAUGUACAGGCGCCAUGAGGAUAGAAACAUUUGACUGGAAAAUCCCCUUUGACCAUAAAAAGGAGCCAUCACUCAGCAAUGUUGAUUAUCUAGUAAGCGUGAUGUCACUAGAGAUUACAUUUAUUCUGAGUGGUCUCCUGUUUGUCCCUUUAGUGGGCUCGUUGGUGUGGGACUAUGCCAUCACUGUCACCACUCUCCAUGUAUGCAUAUGUUGCAUAGUGAUCAUGGAAUUCCCUUUGAUGUGGGAAUGGUGGCUUGAAAUAGGCUGUGGAAUGCUUCUGAUGCUUGUCUGUGGACAGACUCUUGCACAUUUAACUUUUAGAGGGACAUCCUACAAGCAUUCUGAUUUCUAGAAAUGAUGCCAAAAAUACUCGUCUUCCAUCAUUACAAGUGUGAUUUCAAAAGCCAAUCCCAGAAAGGGCCUUUUUUUUUUUUUUAUUCUUAAAACAGAAGUAGUCAAAAUGUCUCUCCAGCGAUACAAAAACAAACAAAACAAUUCUCAGGGAAUCACGUUUCUUUUGUAUGUUAAUAUAAUGCCAAUAAAUUUUUCAUGUUUAACCAAACUGCUUUCCCCCAUC